AACAUAUCUGGUACUGGAAAGAUUUUCUAAACUACCGCCCCAAUAACCACAUCUCUUUCAACACUUCUAAUUUUGAACUAAAAUCACAUUUCACAUCCAAAAAUGCCUUCAUCAACAAUCGCCACAAAAUCAACCCCCCUCCCUCCGGGAGUUUACACUCCGGUUCUCACCCUCUACAAGCCAGAUGCCGAGCAGGAGAUCGACCUCGAAUCGAUGAGGAAGCACGCCCUGCAUCUCCUCCGGUCCGGGCAGCACGGUCUCGUGUACCUCGGCACCAACGGCGAGCUGGCCCUCAUCGACCGUGCCGAGCGUCCAGCCAUCCUCAAGAUGGCACGCGCGGCAGUGACCGAAGCCGGCCUGCCCGACUCUUACCCCUUGAUCGCGGGAAUCAGCGCUCAGAGCACGCGUGAGACUAUUCUCUGUGCAAAGGAGGCCAAGGAGGCUGGCGCAAACUUUGGUCUGCUCCUGCCUCCCAGCUACUGGGCCAAGGCCGUCAGCCCGGAUGCGCUGUUGGGUUAUUACCGCGAGGUUGCAGACGCUAGCCCGCUGCCGAUUGUUAUUUACAAUUUUCCUGCCGUCACUGGCGGCAUCGACCUGGAUUCGGACCAGAUCGCCACGCUAGCCGAGCACCCCAACAUUGUAGCAGUCAAGUUCACAUGCGGCAACGUCGGCAAGGUGGUGCGCCUGGCGUCCAAGUUCUCCCCUGCCCAGUUCUCCGUGUACGGCGGGUCGGCCGACUACCUGGUCCCCACGCUCGAGGGCGGCGGCGUGGGCUGCGUGACGGGCAUGGGCAACGUCUUCCCCCGCGCGACGGCAAAGGUCUACGACCUCUGGGUCGAGGGCAAAAAGGAAGAGGCCAAGAGGUUGCAGGAGCUCGUCAGCAACGCCGAGUGGGCUUGCAAAAAGGGCCUCGCGCAGACAAAGUAUGGCGCCUGGUGGUUCAUUGGCAAGAAGCACCUCGGCAUCGAGGACAGGAUGGUUUUUGCGCCCCGCAAGCCGUAUUUGGAGGUUGGUGAGGCCAUGAGGGAGUGGACCGUUAAGACUAUGAGUGUGUUGCAGGAGGCCGAGGAGGCGAUCCCGUUGAGGGGGUGA